UCACACUUUAGAUAAGCAAAGGGAAAAAACACAAGAGGAAGUUUAUCCUGAAAAGGAAAUAUUAAUUAUCUGACGCAAUACAAUGCAUAGCUAUGGGGUCCUUGAAGGUGUCCUCUUAGCAACUACAUCAUUAAUUGUUCUAUGGGUUCAAGGAUUCGUUGCCUUGCCAAUGUCUCUGCCCAUUCCGGAGUCACUUCCACUUACGAUCGUAACGUCGGUGGAUGAUUCGGCAAACAGAGCACCGAGGCAGUCGAACUGGAAUCGAUCCGUGUUUGAUAUUUUCAGGGGGGAACGGAGCCUUGAUACUCCAGUGCCACAAAAAGCUGACGGCUUUCGAGUUUUUGCCAAGAAGCUACAAGACGACUAUCAUCGAAAAUCUGGCUACAACGCAACCACAGUGCCACCGAUGGCAGUGACCAAAGGAACCACUGUUCACCGGAUGAGAAUCACUAAAAGCGGGAUACGACUCUUUGCCGCUCCCCAAGAUGUACCUGAAGAAGGAGCAACGGAAGCAGCUGGAGGAGAUGAAGCUGAAUCAGUAGCAGAUGAAGCAACAACGGAUGCAGCUGGUGGAGAAACUAAAGAUGAAGCGACCAACGGCACGAAAAAAGAAACAGAGCUUGCCGUAAAUAUUCCAAAGUUUUAUACCAACCAAUAUGGUGAAAAUGUCUACGAUCAAUGGGGCGUAACCUUCGGUCAAGAGUUCUUUGACACUCGUUUCGGCCCGGCAAAUCGUCAGAAUCGGCGUAUGACGAUCGAUCCGAAUCCAGUAACGAACUACUACCCAAGCAUGGAGAAUUUGACCACAAUCUGUUCGUAUCCCACGACCGCAUACGCACAAAACGAAAAGAAGGUCAUGAAGUGGCUGUUCCGACACGUCUACAGCAAGAAGAAGAAAGUCCGCCCCAUCUUUUUCGCCCUGCGUCGCGAACUAUACGACAAGGCCAAUUCCGAGGUGUGUCACACGGAGGCCUUCAGCGACUGGCUGCAGUACCAGCAGUGCGCCGUGCGCCGCAACAUGCGCAUGGAGUACUUCAUACCCAAGUAUCCAAUGCAACAACUGGCCUUCAACUAAAAUCAUCAACGUUAUCAUCUUUUGGGCGCCCGUAUCCUGUUUAAAUUCUAGUUUUCUAUACUCACCUUACCAUACAAAGAGUUCAGGAGAAAUCGAGAAAACUUGUGAAAUACACAAGCAAUGAUUGUCUAAUAUAUGAUCUUUCAUUUAAAAUUUAAA